GUUGUAAUAUCAGAGUAUACCUUGUAAGGUAUCUUUUAAUGUACUGUAAUGUAUCUCGUAAUGUAUUGUAAUGUAUCUUGUAAGGAUUGUAAUGUCAGACUAUACCUCCAUAAGAGUUUGUAAAGAGAGCACACAGCACUGCGGAGGACAAGGGUCAAACCCCCUCACGAGGCAGGGGAAGGACCAGUGGAUCUUGGUGGGAGUUGUUGCACACGAACCCUGGGGAAGCGUUGCACACGGCCCUCAAGUAAGGACAAGGGGCACUCCUGUGCCGCCUAUAUAAGAGAGCUCCUCGGCCAGUUGCGGGAGUUCUCCCGGCAGAGCCGGGAGCAGUAGCCACUAGGGGAAUCGUGGUAAGACAUCCCAUGGCUAAUAAGCACCUCUUGGAGCAUCGUGGUAAGACAGCUCAUUAAUGGUGCUCUCCGGAAAUCGCGGGGACUUAGGGGAAUCGCUGUAACGCAUCCCAGGCAGUGUGCGACGUCUGUGCACUGUGUAACUGUUUGUCUGUUCAAGUCCGUGUCAAUACGUACCGUGUAUUCAAGUGAAGUUGUAUAAGAAUUGUUAAUAAAACGACCUCACUACCAGCAUAAAUUGUCGUAUUGUGUUAUUGCACUUAAUUACCACUCCCCCACACUACCUUCAAGCAAGGUGGAACUGUACGAAUAUUCCCAGCCGCUCGGGAUAGUACAUUAUUUUGGUGUCAGAUGUGGGGUGUGGUAAAUACGACAGGAUAACUGGUUAGAAGCGUGAGUAGAUCGUGCAGCAGCAGAAGUAUUCACACGGAAGUUAAGCAGGCGUCAGAGCGUGCAGAGAACGGGGCCAGGACUACGAGGAGACCACACGCGAGUUACGGCGCGAGAUAAGACAGAAGAGGUCAGUCGAGGUCAGCUUACUCUUGACCGGUGGGCGCUGCCAGCAACUACAAAACAAAGUCCGUGCGAGACAAGAUAGAAGAGGUCAGCCGAGGUCAGCCUGUACUUGACCGGGCGUCACCGCCAGCAACGACCAACAGGGCCAGCGCAAGAGAGAGAAGACAGCGCGACCUGCAGGAGCCAGCAGAAGCGACGCAUCAAGGCAACACGACGUCAUGGCAACACGACGACACACGGAACUACCACUGCAUCACCAACCAAGAGUCAAGAUGAUAAGAGUGUUAAUUCUCGUUAUUGCGAGCGCCAGUGCAAGCGGGCCCGCAGGACAUUUAGACAUUCAAGUGUCACCCAUCCUCGACUCCCCUGGACUGUACUAUGAUUAUCAGGGAGAGGGACAAUUAUAUAACAUUGAGUGGCGGUUAGUGACAUUUGUAAACAUACGCCAAAUAGAUGUAAAUUUCGAGAAUGUAAAAAGAUAUGUAUUUAUGGUAAACAAUCUGUGUAAGAGGGAAGAAUAUACCCAUAAAAACAAAACAUUGUGUAACCUUAGUAUGAGUAGGAUUAGGACGACAAUUGAAUCCCUCACUAAAGCAAGGACAAUUAUUGCAGAAAUGACGGAAAGUAAGGCUAGACGUAAAAGAAGCAUAUUCCCAUUUAACAUCAUUGGUCAGUUAAGUCGUGUACUAUUUGGAACAUUAGAUGAGGAGGAUGCUGAGUUUUAUAGCCAAAAGAUAUCUAAACUGGAGGAAGAACAGUUAGACUUCCUAAAACUAGGCAAGGAACAGAUGUUGGUUGUCAAGUCUACUAUACACUCUGUAAAUCAAACUAUGAGAAAUAUGUACAGCAACCAAAAAUCCCUCCAACAAGGACUAGAAAAGCUAGCGGCAGAAACUAACAACAACACGAGACGAGUAUCAUCUGCCAUCAAUAAACAGGCAUUAAAAAUCAAGGUAAAUGAACACAUAAAUGCCUUAACAUUGGAACUAGAGUCUCUUAGGUUUCAAUAUGAAGUCUUGAUAGACGCGGUAGUUAAUGCGGGAAACGGAAUUUUAAACCCCCACAUCAUCACCCCACAACAAAUUGCUAAGUACUUUAAAUCAUUUAAGACAGAUCACGCGCAAGGGCUCGAGUUACCAGCCCCGGAAGGAGUAAACCUCGAUAGUGUUAUACUCAAGGUGGUUAAUUUGGAAGUAUUUAGUAGAAACAAUAUACUAUGUUACAUCAUUAAACUUCCAUUAGUUGAACAUUUUGUGUUUAAGAUUUAUAAAGCUGUGCCUUUACCAAUACAGAGCAAAAAUUCGAAGGACUUGUAUAUAUUCAUAAACCCAAGUAAAGAUUAUAUAAUGUUAGAAAAUGCUAAACAAUAUUAUAUCAAACUAAAUGAGAACGAGUUAGACAAAUGUCGGGAACUCACACCUAAGUUUAGAAUUUGUAAGCAACGUUUUCCUUUAAUCAAUCUGUAUACCCCUAAAGAGUGUGAGAUUAGAUUAAUGUUCCCAAUAAGUGCAAUUCCUGAGGAUUGCACAACACAUGUCGUAAAAAUAAUAAAUACGGUGUGGAUACAAUUAAAAGAUAAUGAGUGGCUCUAUGUAGCCCCAAAGGAAGAGAAGAUAACCAUUGCAUGUGAAAACACUGAACCUUACGAUGCUGUACUAAAAGGGACGGGAAAGUUGAAGUUCUUUGAGAAAUGUAAAGGUUAUGGUACUAAUGUAAUUAUUGUGUCACAAGCUCGAAUAAGCCAUAACGUCACAUCUAAAGACAUAAUUCCAACUUUACCCUUAGAUAUGGAUUGUUGUGAAUCCAUUGAAACUAUGUCAUUAGACGAGAUUAAAAUAAACACACCCUUUAAAACCAUAACACACCAGCUAGAUGAUCUAAAGAUAGCUAGUCAUAAGGUUAAAGAGGUGGAAGAACAUUUAAAAAAUGAAGAAUGGAAAAUUAAACAGAACACCAGAUUGUCAAAUGUAACCUGGAGUUCGUAUACAACUUUUAUUGUAUUCCUUAUUGUAAUAAUUAUAAUUGUGUGUUGUAAAUGUGGAUGUUGUAAACAUAUCAAAGGAUGUAUAAUCAAGAGUAGCAAUAAUAGUGACUGUUGUAAGACAUUGUGUUUCAAACCUGUAAUUGUAAACACGUAUAGUGCUAGUAAUAUAGCACAACCUAGAGACAGAAGAAUAUCAACUACUAGUGCACACAGUGAGCCAGCCCAUGAACUGACCAUGUUAGACGCUGCAUCCACUAACAAGACCUAUCGGUGAAAUGACGUGAUGGACAGUGCUGUAAAACUGAAAGCAAAUUAUUGUUACUAAUUUGUUUCUUUUUAUAGGGGGGGAGGUGUAAUAUCAGAGUAUACCUUGUAAGGUAUCUUUUAAUGUACUGUAAUGUAUCUCGUAAUGUAUUGUAAUGUAUCUUGUAAGGAUUGUAAUGUCAGACUAUACCUCCAUAAGAGUUUGUAAAGAGAGCACACAGCACUGCGGAGGACAAGGGUCAAACCCCCUCACGAGGCAGGGGAAGGACCAGUGGAUCUUGGUGGGAGUUGUUGCACACGAACCCUGGGGAAGCGUUGCACACGGCCCUCAAGUAAGGACAAGGGGCACUCCUGUGCCGCCUAUAUAAGAGAGCUCCUCGGCCAGUUGCGGGAGUUCUCCCGGCAGAGCCGGGAGCAGUAGCCACUAGGGGAAUCGUGGUAAGACAUCCCAUGGCUAAUAAGCACCUCUUGGAGCAUCGUGGUAAGACAGCUCAUUAAUGGUGCUCUCCGGAAAUCGCGGGGACUUAGGGGAAUCGCUGUAACGCAUCCCAGGCAGUGUGCGACGUCUGUGCACUGUGUAACUGUUUGUCUGUUCAAGUCCGUGUCAAUACGUACCGUGUAUUCAAGUGAAGUUGUAUAAGAAUUGUUAAUAAAACGACCUCACUACCAGCAUAAA